UGCGCGCGCGGAGCAGCCGCCUUCUCACGUUGUGUCGCUUCGCGCUGACGCACACCUGCCUUGUCCCUCUGUGGUUUUCAUUUUUUGGUAUCAGGCGACUCUGUGCAGGCAAGAUGAUCAAAGUCGCUGUCCUUUCGCUGUGUUUGUGCGUCAGUGCCGGACUCUUCACCCGCAAAGAGGACGAAACCUCGCGCAACAGUUUGUCCGCCGGCGGAGUUGACGCUGCUCAGAGCUCAGGGUAUGUGAGCAAAGGCAGACGAAGGCCCCUGUUUGCCAGGAGAGGACAGUAUGAGCGACAGGAGCCUCGUGUGCUGAAGCACAGCGUAGCCUCUGGUUUUCCCGAUAACCGCUCCUCUGCUUCUAAAGUGUCCAAGACUACGAAGCCUAAGUGCUCCGAGCUUUCACAAAGCUGCUUGCCCACGUCUAGAUGCUGCGACCCGUGCUCCACAUGCCACUGUCGCUUCUUCAAGGCGAUCUGCUUCUGCCGGAGGACGGAGGGGAGAAAAGAUCAUAGACAGAAGUGAAUCCACACACCUCAUCAUGACGACUAAUACAUCACAAAGGUCCACGGAUGGAUUAUCGAACAGGCCUAGAGCUCAGAAGGACCCUGGACCUCAGUCCAAAUGAUGAAGUGUGGUGAUCUCAGUGAUUGUUUUUGUUUAUUUCCUGUCAUUCACAUUGGCCACGCCCCAUUUGGCCACGCCCACUCCAGUUUCUCCCCUGGGUUCCCUCCACUAUCAAUGACUGAAUUAUUUGCAUCUUGACCCUCAUCAACAUUUGAAAGGACACUAUCCUGCUUCUGAGUAUUGUUUGUUUGCAAACGUUUAUAAGUACGUUGAGUUAUUCUGUAUUAUAUGUGUUCUUCUGUUUUUUUGCUAAAAUUCCCUUUUUAUCUUUUUGUAUUAAUCCACUGUUAUCCGUGUCCUGUUUGUUCAGCCUGUUUGUGUCUUUCUACAUCAUUUUAUACAUACGGCCUUAGCAUCCCACUUUCUAACAGUGGUUAUAAUAAAGAAUAAACUUAACAGUUUGUCACCUUUAGCUCUAGCAAAGUUCUCCUUUCAGUAAAUGGAGCUUAGUAGUUUAUUUGUUUUGUACAUUUAAUUUUUUUGACUACAAAUUAUAAAUAGUUUUAAUUUGUUGAGCUUGGGCCUCUUCAGUCUCUAUUACAGGUAAUUAUUAUGACUGAGUACAUCCGGUAGCUUCACUGUUCAUCAUGAACAGGCUCAAAGGAACUUGUUUUAUUGACCAACACACAGUAAAAUGUGGAAGCUAAACACAACCCUAGUCUUAGGGUAACAAACAUAUUUAGGGUGUCAGGACGAGAUGUUGCAAUCAAAUUCAACUAAUUUAAAGCAAGGAUCAGACUAACUUUAUUCCCAUGUGGCUACACAGAGGACGGAUCCUAUCUUAACCUUACCCAUGACCAGCUGGACUCUAGGAUGCUAUAGCCUCACCGUGUGCAAUGAUAUACGGUGGCCCUUCUGAAGAAGAAGACAGUGAAUCAGAUGGCUCUUGUAAACUCCACAGCUUAAACCCACAGUUUAAAGCAGAAGAGCCAAUAUCUAAAAAGGAAGUGGCAUCCAACAAUGUUAAACUAAUCUUGAAAAAACAGAUUAGGAUGAAUGAAUGAGUUGCUGGACCAAGCAGCCUGACUCUGUGUGGUUUCCUGCCCUGAUCUUCUGUGUUAAACACACCUGUCCACAGGAUGGAGAUGUUGCACAGAAGGCUAAUGUUACUGGUUCACUUCUGUGUUUUCAGUCACAUUAGUAAUGUGUAAAUCAGACACAAAAUAAAUAUGUAGAUGCAUAUGUAGUAUGUACUCAUCAUCAUCAUCAUCAUCAUAAUUAUCAACAUGCUAAGACCAGAUUAAUUACAUGGCUCACAAAUAUUCUAUAGCUUAAUGAUAUCUUAAGCUAAUAACUGAUGGUUACUAUGGAAACUUAGAAUCGUCCUGUUAUUUGGGUGAAGUGGGUCAUUAGACUGUUCAGCAAUUUUCCACAAGUGCAACUACAGUAAAGAGAGACCACUUUGUUUACAUGCCUAAGUAAUAAAUUAUAGUUUGAACCAGUUAAAGCUAGAAGUCAAAAUGUUUCAUUCAAUCUCUUCUCUUCAAUCUUGAUCUUUGCCACUAUUGUAUAUGAUUCUAGAUCAGAUUCAUGUUUGAUCUUUGAUGGACUGGAAUGAAGGUGUUCUGUGCAAAUGACCUCCAGCCAAUUCUGCCAUGAUCAUGAUGCUACUCUACCUAGAUAUGUAGUGAAACAUAGUCCAGAUGCCAUGACUCAACUUCCAGACAGCCUCAUCUGGAUGAAUGAGGAUCUGUACUGUACCUACAAACCUGCUUAACCUCCAUCAGAAGCCUUAUAUUCUCCCAAGUCAGGUCUAAGUUCUCAAAAACGUUAUAUGAAACUGUUGUUCUUCGCUGAUAAUUUCAAACAUGGCCACAAUAUGUAAUGAAUACAUGCAGAUAUUCAAUCUUCAAUUCAAUUCAAUUUUAUUUAUAUACUGCUAAACCACAACAUAGUUAUUGCAAGUCAC